UCCAUUUGUCGUUCCUUUUCUAAAACGGCUGUGCAGCAGAAGUUGGGUGCAGGAAAUUUGCAAUCUGCAUUAAUCUCUGUAAUCUUAGAGUUUUUAGGCAAGAAAGUCUAGAAUUUAAGUACUAAGAUGCCACCAAAAUUUGACCCUACGGAAGUUAAGUUCGUCUACUUGAGAUGUGUUGGAGGAGAAGUAGGAGCUACCUCAUCUUUGGCCCCUAAAAUCGGUCCCCUAGGUUUGUCUCCUAAAAAAAUUGGUGACGACAUUGCCAAGAGCACUGCAGACUGGAAAGGUCUUAAAAUUACAGUAUGCUUGAAAAUCCAAAACCGUCAAGCAACUAUUUCAGUUGUACCAUCUGCUGCUUCGCUCAUCAUCAAGGCAUUGAAAGAACCACCAAGAGAUAGAAAGAAGCAAAAGAAUGUUAAACAUUCAGGAAAUCUUGCUUUGGAUGAUAUCAUCGAUAUUGCAAAACAAAUGAGGCCCAGAUCUAUGGCAAGAAGUUUGUCAGGUACUGUUAAAGAAAUCUUAGGUACUUGCCAAUCAGUAGGAUGUACUGUAGAUGGGAGACCACCACAUGACCUUAUUGAUGACAUAAAUGAUGAGAAACUUGAAAUACCAGAGGAAUAAAUAAAAAGUUUUUUAGGUC